AUUCACAGUCCAUAAUCAAUAUAAAAGGACCCGAUGACACCGGUUGAGUACCCUAAGAGAAUAACAAGAAGGUAUAAUGAAUUCCAAAUAUCUUCUAAGUUUAUAUUUCCUAAAUAUUGGACCAGUCAUGUAAGAUAAGAACUCUUAAUUCACACAACUUCAGGCACAAGUCUGGACACUAGUAAAUAAUAAGGGGAUGACUUGAAGAUAUCUGGUUCCAGCCAAUUCAAUCAUAUUCCUA